GAUGCAGCGAACAACAAAGUAGCAGUUCUGCAUCUUGCAGCGAAAAACGGCUCCUGUGAUAUUAUGGAUAUUCUUUUAAAUGAUCCUCACAUUUCAGAUGUCAUUAACGCAAGAAUGACAACGCUACAUAAAAAAUCCAGCAAACGUCUGAAGAGGCACCAUGUCCAAGAACGUUUGGGUCACAGUCCGGAAGAGAAAAUUUAUUUUUUAGAUCGCAAUGACAGACGUUCACAAGUUUGUCUAAAUACUUUGUCUGGUAAAACCGCUUUAAUGGUUGCGUUAGAGAACAGCAACGAGCAGACAGCUUUGAAAUUGUUGUCUCGUGACCCUGACCUUAAUGUCCUCACAGAUGAAGGUUACACAGCGUUGCACUUCGCUGCACUUGGAUCAUGCACAGACGUAGUGCGGCAUUUGCUACAAGCAGGAUGUAAUGUAAACGUACAGACAGAAGAAGGACACACGCCUUUAAUGUUUGCUGGAAAUAAAGAGAUUGCUCUUAUGCUGUGUGAUGCAGGUGCUGACGUGAAUUUGGUGGAUAAAAACGGCGACAAAGCUUUACACCUGGCGAUAUACAGAAGCGAAUCGGACGUUGCUCAAGUUUUGAUAAACAAAGGCGCUGUUAUUGAUGGAAACGUACCUGAACCUCUGCCGCCUCUGGUAUUGGCUGCAGCUCUGAAUGAGAUCGCCAUUGUCAAUAUGUUACUUCAAGCUGGAGCUAACGUUAACGUCUUGUCUUCUUAUGGAAUAUCUCCAUUGAUGGCAGCAGCAGCUUGUAAUACCGAUGGUUACAAUAACUCCGAAAUAUUUCAAAUCCUCCAUGAACACGGAGCUGACUUUAACAUGACAGGCAAGAAAGGCAGAACAGCUCUCAUGUAUUUAGUAAAGCGCGGCAAUAUGCUGGCUCAUUUAGAAACACUUGUAUCGUUUGGAGCCGACCUUGACGUCAAAGACAGAUACAACGAAUCAGCCCUAAUCCACUGUUUAUCGCACACACAUCAGCGGUUGUGGUGUUCAGAAAUGUUGCUAAAUGCAGGAGCUAAUCCUGUGGUUGGAUCAGAGUAUCGCCACCUGUUGGGUAAGCUUGUAUUGAGAGACGAACGCCCGGCCUGGAAUAGAGAUAAUAUUAAACCUAUGCAAAUACUUGAGCUCAUUGUCUUCAACCGUUUAUAUAAUUACCUUCGAAUGCUGGUGUGUAACGGUGUUGUAUUAAAAUGUUUAGAUCGUGUAAAAAACAAUGGAGAAACAGAGAAGAGGACAGCUAUGAUGUUAGCUCUAGAGAAUCACAAUCUUGACGUGACAAAAUAUCUUCUAGCAACUUGCUACUUGACGGUACACGAUCUCAGAGGACUACGCCAGUUUGACCAAUCAGAAUUGUAUCCAUACGCUAGAUAUGAGCUAAAAAAUGUCAUAUUCGAGGCGAUUACCGAACCCUGGCCCCUGGUCAAACUUGCUUUUAUAACGGUGUCGACGAUGUUGGGAGAAAGCCCAGAGAGAGAGGAGCGUCUCUCACAGAUCAACUUACCACCUAAACUCAAACAGCUUUUGAUGUUCCAAUCUCCAGUUUCAUUUCUUCCUGUCAGUGAUUGGAGCAAGAUUUCCUUGUGUUAUGAUCCGGUUGAUUAUGAAACAUUGCAACGACCUCGACCUUUGAUGCAUCACUGGCCUAUGGGCAUUAAUCUUGUUAGCUAAAAUGGUUCUAUUUUCAUCGCUUUAUACCAUAUUAUAUUACAUCAUCUGCCAUCUUCAACCAAGCUAUGCAUGUAUACAGCAUCUCACAUAAUCCUGCAGCAAAAUUAAGACGUGUGGAUCUAGUCAUUGAGAUUUAGUUGGUUUUUUUUUUAGUCUAGGGAGGAUGUAGACAAUAUAUAAAUACAUCGGGGGAGGGGGGGAGUAGGGUUGGGUCACC